AUGGUGGACGCCUUGAAGACAGCAGCGGUUCUGCUUUCGGGCCUCUGGCUUCAUGUGACGGUGAGCGCCUUCAAGGUGCGUGAUCUCUCCAGCGAGACCCAGAAGGCGCCGCCAUGUCAAUGUCUUGGCAGCGAUCCCUCCUGGGUGGCACCGGAGUCUGAUCGAGAGGCGAGAUGCGUGUUCAUCGAUCUGGGUGCAGCCAAUGGAAACAGCUUUGAACGUUUUUUGCAGGGCGACUACACUCCUGUGGCUUCCUGCCCAAACGGAGGGAAGUGGGAGGCUCUCUUGGUGGAAGCCAAUCCUCGUUUCGAUUCAGCACUGCACCAGGUCGAGUCGGAGCGCCCAAACCAGGUCAAGGCCAUGCCCUCCUCGGCGGCCUACAUGUGCGACGCAGAAACGAGUUUCUACCUGGACAAUGUGAACGCCAAGCACAACUACUGGGGGUCCAGCCUUUCCCCUUCGCAUAAAGACGUGGUGAAGAGCGGCAAAGUGAAGGUCACGGUGCCCACAAGGAACCUCCUCCGGAUCCUCCAUGAGCAGACAACAGCGAAGGACUUGGUGAUUGUUAAGAUGGACAUCGAGGGAGCGGAGUUUGAUAUCAUCCCCUGCCUUGCGAAGUCUCCGCAGGCACGUCUUGUUGACAAGCUUUUCAUGGAAGUGCACAACCCAUCUUGGGGUUUGGUCGGCACCAGCGAGCAGGAAUUCCAGCAGGCGCAGGCCAACCUUCGCAAGCAGGGAGUCACCAUUCCUCCCUACAACUCGCCCACGCUGGUCCAAGCCGCUAAUUUGUCCGUCGCCAAAAUCGGUCAGAUCAUGGUGUUGACUUAUCCCGAACGCAGAAAAGCCUACAAGUACGAGAAAGUCUUUCCCGAUAUCCACGUCACCUGGAUGGUCGGGUUGACGGCUACAGACUUCGAGAGCGAAGAGGACAUGCUGGACAGAGAGCAGCUGGUUCCCAUGACUGAGCUGAUGAAGGCCCAGUGGCAACGCAAUCCCCACCAGCACCAAAACCGUAUCGAUGGCAGGCCUUUGGGCACUCUGGCAUGUUCCCUGGGCCACUACAAGGCAUGGCAAACAGCUGUAGCUUCCUUGAGCGGCCGUGAGUGGAUGAUCAUCCUGGAGGAUGAUGCCCAGCCGCAAACGAGCUCGGAGGAGCUCCGGCGGCAGCUUUCGGAGAUUCCUCCGGAUGUCGAUCUGGUCUUGCUGGAGGAUCGGCACUGCAGGAGCGGCAACGGCACUGGCUCCACGGCCUACGCCAUAACAGCCAAGGGGGCGCGAGCACUCCUCAACGUGCCGUUCAUGUACAAUUCCGACUUCUACCUGGAACAGCCAGUAGAGCGUGGCCUCAUCAAGCGUAAAUGCUUGUCGCCCCAAUUCCACCAUCGGCCGAUGGAGUUUACGGGCACAAGUAUGUCCAACCUUGUGCAGUUGUCAAACCCCCAUUCCCGCGCAGCAUAG